GCUUUGCGCAUGCUCAAACCUUCUUGUUAUACAUUACCGGGUUAUGUAAUAGUGCCGCUGCUGCCUGCAGCUCUCAUGGAGCGCAGAUCUAUUGGUCCAGCAGGAUACAGACCUAGAGAACAGCAGUUGUGUCCAUCCACGUUAACCGCUGACAUGCCUCCUGUGAAGCUCGAGGUUUCAGAUGAUGCUAAGCCUGGUGACAAUGGCAUGGCCAGGGAAUGCAUUAGCUCAGCAUUAAAGGGACUAGAGACAAUUGAACCUCUGGUCCGCUCUGUAAAAGAGACCCCUGAGCCAAUCUCCACUGAAGUACAAGGCACCAUUCCCUCCUGGAUCAAUGGCAAACUCCUCCGCAACGGACCCGGAAAGUUUGAGUUUGGAAACACGCACUACAACCACUGGUUUGACGGCAUGGCCAUGCUACACCAGUUCAAGAUCAACAAAGGUAGGGUGACAUACAUGAGUCGGUUCCUGCACAGCGACGCCUACAAGAACAACAGCGAGAAGGACCGCAUCGUGAUGUCAGAAUUUGGUACCCUCGCCAUGCCCGACCCCUGUAAAAACAUCUUCCAGCGCUUCCUGUCUCGCUUUGAGAUGAUGGCGCCCACGGACAAUGCGAGUGUGAGCUUUGUGAAGUACAAGGGGGACUACUUUGUCAGCACAGAGACCAAUUUUAUGCACAAAGUGAACCCAGAGAACUUAGAAACACUGGAAAAGGUAGACUGGAGCAAAUUCAUUGCUGUGAAUGGAGCCACUGCCCACCCACACUAUGACCCUGACGGUACCACCUACAAUAUGGGCAACUCCUAUGGAAGCAAAGGAGCCCUGUACAACAUCAUCAGAGUGCCUCCUGAGAAGACAGAUGCCAAAGACACCCUACAAGGAGCCAAAAUACUCUGCUCUAUUGUGCCUGCAAACAAGUCCCAUCCCUCCUACUACCACAGCUUCGCCAUGUCCGAGAACUACGUGGUGUUCAUCGAGCAGCCGAUCAAGAUGGACCUGCUGAAGAUAGUCACGUGCAAGCUGAGGGGGAGGGCUUUGAGUGACGGCAUCUACUGGGAUCCCACGCAGGAGACGGUCUUCCAUCUCGUUGACAAGCAAUCAGGCGAGGUCAGCUCAGUGAAGUACCACACCAAAGCCAUCUCCACCUUCCAUCAGAUCAACGCCUUCGAGGAAGAUGGAUUCCUGAUGCUCGACAUGUGCUGCUCAGAUGACGGCAGAGCCAUCAACAACUACCUCAUCCAGAACUUACGCAAGUCGGGAGAUGCAUUAGAUGAGGUGUACAACACCAUGUCCAGGGUAUUCCCCCGGCGUUUUGUUCUUCCCCUUCACGUGACCGGUGAAACCCCGACAGACCAGAACCUGAACACACAGCCCUCCAGUGCAGCGACGUGUGUCAAAAUCAGCGAAGACAAGGUGUUCUGCCAAGCCGAGGAUCUCCAUGGAGACGACCUCCACGAGUACGGUGGCCUGGAGUUCCCUCAGAUCAACUAUGGGAAACACAACACACGGCCGUACCGUUACUUCUACGGCUGUGGCUUCAGACACCUGGUGGGAGACUCACUGCUCAAGAUGGACCUGAAGGACAAGACGCUCAAGGUUUGGUACCAGAAGGGUUUCUUCCCGUCAGAGCCUGUGUUUGUGCCGUCGCCUGAUGCCGUGGAGGAGGACGAUGGCGUCAUCCUCUCUGUGGUUCUCACCCCCUCACAGGAUAAAGGAGCAUUCCUCUUGGUUCUGGACGCAAAGAGCUUUGAAGAACUGGCAAGAGCCUACGUGCCUGUUAACAUGGCCUAUGGCUUCCAUGGGACCUUCGACGCCUCUGCAUAAACCUAUUUCUGUUACAUUUGUGUGUCUUCAACGAAUGUAAUGCAAAGAGUACCAAAUUCAGCCAUAACCAUUAUAACCACUCUAUUCCUGAUGGUGCAGUGUAGUUUAGUACUUUUCUAAACAGAUUUCGGGUUUGUAGUAACAUCCACCACUAGGCUAAUGGUAUUAAGACCCCCAAUGAACUCAAAGGUACUCAUAAUAUUUCAUAAUUAUUGUUAUAAUACUUUUAUAUCAGCCUUAAACUGGUACUGAGUUAAUAUACUGUAGUGAUUGUCAGGUUGGCAUGAUGCUCCAACCACCAGACCACCACAAGUGUCUAAUGAACAUUUUCUUUAAACACGUUCUUUUGUUACUCGAACAAUGUCAUUUUUACAGAUUUUAUACUUAUUUGCCAAUAAAAUACUUAACCUCUGU